ACCGUAACUCUGUGGAUUUUUUGUAUCCAGGUGCAGGCCGACAAGAAACGUACGGAGAAUCUUUGUGCAGCCGCCUUGAUACCCAAGGAUGGUGUAUACCUUUCAAAUCCAUUUCUUCUCGCGCACGACCCCUUGGAUCUCCGGUUGAUGGUAUCAUUGGCUUAGUGCCCGCUUUUCCGCUCAUGGAGUAACUGAACUGGCAUUGAUUGACUCCGAUAUCAUGUCAUAACCCGGGUCCUCCUCAUCUAGACACCAUCGGCCUCCGUCCGUUACCUGUAUCGGAACUGAAUCAUCAAACUAGGCUUAGGGGACAACUCGGAUUAGCCAGGCAUAUCAAUCAAGCGCUAUGGAAAUGUCCACCGCCGAAAUACGUACAUGCACGUCUGCUAUUCGGAGCAACCCAUCCUAGCCACUAUAAAACCCCCCACAAACACUCAAACUGAUUGAUUAAACUCACACUUUCAUUACUGCAACACUACCAUGGACAGAUCAUAUACCUGGCUUGUAACGGGUGCUUCUCGUGGCAUAGGCUUUGAGCUCGUCAAACAACUUCUUACUGCUCCAACGACUCAUAGUGUCUUCGCAGCUUGCCGUAAUCCUGCAGGUGCGAAUGGUUUAAACGCUUUGGCCCAUGGAUCUCCAGAGUUUCACUCCCAAAGUCAUCCGGCCCUCCACGUCGUGCAAAUGGACGUUACUGACGAGAACUCUAUCAACGCCGCAAAAGAGGAGGUCAAAGAGAUACUAAACGGACGUGGGUUGGACUAUCUCAUCAAUAAUGCGGGGAUUUCCGUAAGGGAUGACCGUGCAAACACAUUCACCGCGAAGGAUCUCACAGCCAGCAUUGUGGCUAACGUCGUUGGUCCAGCACUGGUUACCCGAACAUUCAUCCCACUCAUAGAACAAAGUGCAAAAAAGGUUGUCGUGAACAUUUCUAGCGCACUCGCGAGCAUUGGAAUUGAUUAUGGAGGAGAACUCGCUAGUUACAGUAUUAGCAAAGCUGCACUCAACAUGCUGACUUAUAAGCAGUGGAAAGAACGCCCCGAUCUUGUACCAUUUGCCGUUGACCCAGGUUGGGUAAAAACGGAUAUGGGAGGUACAAGUGCUGCUCUCGAAACACAUGAGAGCGCUUCCGGCAUACUGCAUGUCGUAUCUGGUGCGACGCCCGAAUAUGCUGGGCGAUUUAUCAGCUACAAAGGUGAACCAGUACCUUGGUAAAGAUUUUAUUGACGUCUCGAAGGUGAAUUCGAGCAUCAGAAUUUAUGAUAUACUAUGCCGUAUCAUCUAUUAGUAUUAUGUACAACUUACGAUUGGUAAUGGUAUCUUUCUAGCUGGUUCUAUUGUGUCGGUGACUUCUUUGCCUUAUACUAUAGACCAUUCAACUUACUUUGGCUUUGAGAAUGUAUGUGCUAUUGUUAGUAGUUAAUAUUGUAUCAAUCAUAUGACCACCUUAUCAAUGUAAUCACUUGCGGGUUCAUUUUUCCCCCUGCUCUGUUUACGUAGGAGCACAUAUAUGAGCUUGGUUCCUUUGCAUUUCGAGAAUCGUAAAUAGUGCUUCUACUACAAAAUAGGAUAUUCUUUCAUCUGGUCC